CCUCGACACGAAACAAUCCUGUUGAUAUUUGUUUGAGUGAUUUUUUGGAGGGUGAGUUCAUUCGAGUCAGUGAGUGCCAGUGGAUUUUAAUGUAUUUGUGAUUUAAUCCGUGGUAACGGGGUAAACAUUACGGGUCUUUUCAAGUGAAAUUGGUUUUUUUAAAGUGGAGAACCGGCGAAAAAAAAAAAAUUUCCAACGAUACGGAUCGCUGCGCCCCUCUUCCAACUACGUGAAACAGAAACUUGACUCUUCAAGCGUGCGCACGUUUGUGGCACUUGGUUAAAUGUCAAACGACUCUUGCAUGUACCUGGGAUUAGAGGUUUUUUACAAAUUGUUUAUUUGGUAUAGUUAUUUUUUUGUGGAUGAGGUACGGGGAACUGAGGGGUUUUGUGAGCGUGCAGUGAAGUUGUGAGUGAGGAUUUUAUUUUAACGAGGGGUAAAACGGAAAAUCCAGUGAUUGGAGUUGAUGUUUGUUAUCGGAUUGAGUUGAGGAUUGAGGUACUUUUUGAUGUGUCAACAUCUGUUGUGGUGAGGCUGGGGGCAGGUACGUGGCGCCACGGGGGACAGACGAGAUGAUCAACCGAAAUUAAAAUUUUCAAUCUUCCGUAUUUCACUUGUUCAUUCGGUUUUAUUUUCUAACCUCGGUUACGCAUUGUGCCUUUUGGAUUUCUCCGUGUGGAACGCAGGGCUUUGUAUGGAUGUGAUGAGUGUCGAGGGACUUAUUUUUUAUUACGGUGAAAUUUUGGAAAUCGUGGAUUUUUAAUCCCGAGGUUGAGGUGUGAAAUUCAUGUGGUGUUGGUGUCGUUGGAGAUAGCUGGAAGAUUUUGAGGGACUGGAGCCGGAAUUUAUCAUCGUCGGAGGCCAUUUGGGUGCACCUGUUGGAGCGUCGAGGUGAAGUAAAACCGUAGUUCCCCCAAGGAUGCCGUGGCCGAUCGGGCGAGAAGAUUCCCGACACGCUUGAGGUAUCCAGUAGAUUCUGGAUGCAACCAGACCGCGAAACAUCCACCAGACCCCAUCCACCAUCACCAGAGCGUCGCCAACCACCUCAGACCCAUCAAAGCUCCAGAGUCAAUAAUCGUAAUCCCUAUCGACCCCGUAUUAAACUGGAGCAAGUGGUAUGGACCUUACGGACACGUUUCCGUCGGGUGGUGUUCCCGGUGAUGACCUAGGGAAGACAGAUUACUUUGACUUCGUGGUAUCUCCCCCACCGCACUGCGGCUCAACCGGUGGUGUAUCAGACGAGGACAGCUACCUCCAUCGGACAACCUGUCGUGGUAUGAGUUAUCUCCAGGAUACACGUCACGAUGACCACGACAAUCAUCCAUCGACCUUCAUCAAAGAGACAAACAACAACACCUUAACAGCAUUACCCCCUGCCUCGACGCUGAUAGGAGCCAUGAAUCAUGGGGUCAGGAAUCACUGUGUCAGUGCAGAGGUACCGAUGGACCAGUCAGACUGCGAUUACUGGAAUACAGAUGACAGUAAAGAGCAAACGGCAAGUAUAUUUCUGGAGGAUCUGAAUAAAUUUUGCUGGUCAACCGAGGCAACACCAACGAGUCACACCGACGUCCAGAGCAAUGACAAUGCACACCGAAUAACAACAGCCAACGAUAGACAGAAUACAGACGGCGCCAUUUACACGUUGACUGUAUUGAAUAAUGAGAAUUCGAUAGACGCCCUGGACUGCUGCAAGAGUCCGACAGCACCGUCGACAGACUCCUGGUCACUGAGACCGAAUCUCGAUUUGGAUGCGAUACUGAGUCUUGAACCAAGCCCGAGCGAUCAGGAUCACGAUGUUCAGAGCUCGGUCGAUCAAUCUCGAAGCACCGAGAGGUAUCACGUGAUAGCUACACCAUCGUCACAGUACGCUGACGACAGUGGCUUCGUCGAGAGCAAGGAGCUGUGCAGACAAACGAAUCCUUCAGGUGACAACAACAAUGAUUGGAAGCUGUCGGAUCAGAAUCAGCUGCAGGAGGCGGUUGCUGCAGCAGCUGCUGACAAUGCCGAGAGCCUCCUGAGGAGUGCCCUAACGGGGAAGAUCUAUACAGGCUCAACCCAGAUACCAUCGCCCUCACCGUCCCAGGGCUCGACAAUUUCGCUGUCGGUGUCGAGUAAUGCAAGUGGAGGACUCCAGAUGCUGGAUCACCAGGGCCAGACCCCCCAGGACUCCCAGAAUGAGGGAAUGCACGGCUGCACCGAUGAUGAUCUUUUGCUUUCUCAACUGGCGAGCGCUCCAUUCAGACCCGGAGAGUACGAAAAACUCAAGAGCAUUGAGAACGAAGUGGUGGAGUCGUACUGCAGUUUGGAGCCAGUUUGCAGUGUAUCAUCAGCACCGACUGUUCUUUACACACUUGAUCCACAGAGUGGUAGUCUCGGUACGAUAACGUUACCAGCUGAUUUGGGUACUGUCACAGUUGUGGCUGCCCAGCAGGACUUGUUACCCCAGACGACCACGAGAACAGAGGAGACACAGCCGACCACCAAUCAGAUACCAAUAGCACCGGCAAGAUCAAGUCCAAAAGCACCCAAGAAGUACUGCAGAAGGUCAAAUAAGAGCAGUGCCAGUAGCAAUGGGAAUACGGGUAAUGCAUCUGGUAAUGGUAACAGUGGACAGGGCAAUGGCUCUGGAUCACCUAGCUCUGUUCAACGCAAGGAGAGAUCCCUCCACUACUGCAGCAUCUGCAGCAAAGGCUUCAAGGAUAAAUACAGUGUCAAUGUUCAUAUCAGGACGCACACUGGUGAGAAACCAUUUGCCUGCAACAUGUGUGGCAAGAGCUUCAGGCAGAAGGCACAUCUUGCCAAACAUUAUCAGACACACAUGGCUGCCAACAAGACGAAUGUUGGAAAUGGCAACAGCAGCAGCAACAGCAACUCAAGCCCCUCUGAUACGUCGCGGGGAAAUCACAGCGCUGAUUCAGCUGUUUGCAAUCCGUCCAGUUAGUUUAGAUGGUUUUAUACAAAUUUUAUUUUUUCCUUGUUUCAAUUGUUCGAAAAUUAUGGAACCCUCAGACAAUUCUGAUAACGGUUGCUAAAGGGAGUUUCUCGUGUGAUAAAUCCGGUGGAAUCCGUGUACAAAGAGCUCUCUAUUUUCUUUUUGUUCGUUUUUUUAUAUCGAUGUUGCAUUCACGAAUUGUCUUUUAUCAUGGAGGAGACAUUUGGGGUAUUGGUCAGCGCCUCGUCGUGCGGUGAAACCAUUUGGUCGAUCUGACAUGUGUUGGGGGGAUUGUGGGGACUGGAUGGUGCAGGGAAUCCGUGACUAAUGAUCGUAUGUGGUGAACGGUACUCCUGGGGGAGACGGGGGUGGAAAGGUGAUCCUCUUUGGGGUUUACGCUGGAAUUUUUUGUCGGGAAUCCUCACCAGAAAAUCGUGACACCUGCUUGGAGCUUCUCGUUGGCUUCUCUCGGGGGAGGUAGUGGCCGGGGAUCAGCUUUUCUCCAGUGGAGCGAUGAAAUAUGUUUGCGAAAUUGGAGCAGUUGGAAUUAUACAAUAAUGAAAUGAAUUUAAAUAUUUUUAUCGGAGUUAUCUGCGGACAUAUUUUCAAUCACUAGUGAAUUAUUAUGUUUCCUCACUUCACUGGAGAACUUUCAACGCCUGAGGUACUAAAAUACCACGAAGAUGUAUUCAAAAUUUGAUGUAUUCAAAUGCAUUUGAGAAUUAUGUAAAGACUCGAGCCUUAAUCUAACUUUUAACCGCUACACUGUUGGAAAAUGGCACUUGAAAUUUCAAGUCAAAUUGAAAUUCUUAACGAACAAAAAAUGAAAAGCCAUUUCUGCGAAAUUCUUCAUUUACGAGAGUUGAUUUUUCUUUCUUUCAAUUUUUAU